UACAACGAUGUUAAAUAGAGGUGUGCCUGUUCUUGUCAGACUGUGGGAUUUUUUAACAGGCAAUUUAUAGAAAUAGGCUAAAUAGUUUCAACUGUAAAAUACUUAAGAAUCGCCGUCCCAGAGAAGUAGUGUUGCAGUAGUUUAGCAGUAACACUUUUAGCCCAGCAGGUGUCCAUAGUGCAUCUAAUAGCUGGUUAGCACAUUAAACUUAAAGAAGAAGUGUUCUCCCGUCAUGCAUUGCUCUGCCAACGUAUGCAAACAGGAACAUGGCCAUCGGUUUUUAACGUCGGUGUUUUUUAAUUGUCUCCUCUGAGAGCUUCACGCAGCCUGUGACAGUCCGUGAAACUGUCACGGAAGGAAGCCCACGGUAGAGUCCAGCAGCGGAGCGUUCAGACUCUGAAAGCGGCGUCGUGGUUGUUGUUCAUCAAAACCCAGUCAGUGUGUGAACAUGGCGAGUCCAAGGACCAGAAGAGUUCUGAAGGAAGUGAGAACCCAAGAUGAGAAUAAUCUUUGUUUUGAGUGUGGGGCCUUUAACCCUCAGUGGGUUAGUGUCACAUAUGGCAUUUGGAUCUGCCUUGAGUGUUCUGGAAAGCACAGGGGGCUGGGAGUGCACCUGAGUUUUGUGCGCUCGGUCACCAUGGACAAGUGGAAAGACCUUGAGCUGGAGAAAAUGAAAGCUGGUGGAAAUGGAAAAUUCCACCUGUUUCUAGAACUGCAAGAUGAUUAUGACCCGAACUGGACCUUACAGGAGAAGUACAACAGCAGAGCCGCUGCACUCUUCAGAGACAAGGUAGCAACAUUAGCUGAAGGGAAGGAGUGGUCCAUUGAUACAUCCUCCGCCAGAAACUGGACUCCUCCUCAGCCAAAGUCAAGCCUUUCAUCCUCUCACCGAUCUGGAGGUUCAGGACAGAAUCCAGUCAGUUCUAACGACAAAGCUUUCGAGGAUUGGUUAAGUGACGAUGUCAACUCUUAUCAAAGUGGGGGAGGCUACAGUGGGAACCAAGAGAAUCGUUAUGUUGGCUUUGGCAACACAGUAACCCCGGAGAAGAAGGAUGAUGACUUCUUGAACAAUGCAAUGUCUUCAAUUUACUCCGGCUGGAGCAGUUUUACUGUUGGUGCCACCAAAAUUGCUUCAAUUGCCAAAGAUAAUACAUCAAAACUGGCAAACCAAGCAACGUUAAAGAUAAGGGGCUAUAAAGCACCCCCUGAACCGGCCACAGAGUUAGGACAGACAAUAAAUGAGAAUGUUAUCAAACCUACUCAAGAGAAGGUCAAAGAUGGCAAAUUGAUAGAUGAAAUGGCAGUCAGCAUCACUGGGCUGGCAAACAAGGUUCAGGGAGCUGGCGCUAAACUGACAAACCUGUUUUCUGGAAAACCGCAAGAUGGCUCUGGUGGAGAGAGCUACCAGAACAUGGAUGCCACUGAGGGGUAUCAAGGCAGCUCCAGUCAACCCGUGUCAAGGGAUUUCUGGGAAACUUUUGGCAGCAACAGCUCUCUAAAGGAGAAGAAAUCCCCCAGCAGUGACAGCUGGACCAUGGCAGAUAAUUCUGCCAAAAAGAGCUCUGACAGUUGGGACAACUGGGGCUCUGAAGGAGCCUCCAACAACAAACACAGCACAGAGGAGAGCUGGGAGGCCUGGGACAACAACUGGGAGAAUGCGGAUGGUAAGACAAAGAAGAGUCCCUCAAAGCCUGCUGAGGAAGCCUGGGAUAGUGCCGGCUGGUGAUUGCCUCACAAACUUAUAUCACCUAAACUUUUUUUUUUUCCUUUCCACCUCUUCCCUCUUUAUCUCCUGUUGUUCAUUUCAUUUGUACUUUCUGGAAGAGAGUUGCAUUGGCUUAACUCCUAUAUAUGCAUUUGGAAUGAAUUUAUUAUUUACCCAAGACAGAAUCGAUGAAACUAUAUUUUAUUAGGUAAUGCCCCCAUCUUAAAGAGUCAUGCCUGAUCAGUGUAGAUAAAUACAUGACUUACAUUAUGGACUACCCAAAUAUUGUGGUUGUAAAGUAAAAUAAAGCGGUGUGCCAACAAUAACAGUGAUUUGGCAACACUGUUGUUUUCUAACAAUAAAAUUAAUGCAUUAUGGAAACAAAACUGGUAUUGUAAAUAUGAGUCAUUGUAAAUAUUACAGUAUUGUUUUCUGUUUAGUCAGAUUAGCCUUUUUGACCAAUUGAUGCCCAUUUAGACCCUACAGUUGUUAUUGAUUUAUAUUAAAUUACAAUAAACCGUCAUUGUAAGAGGUUGUCUACAGAUAAAUUUAAUAUGUGGAACACUGGUGUUCAUAUAUCAUUUGUCAUGUUGGAAACAUUGUUUUCCCAAAAACUGCAUUGAGGAAUGUGAGAGCUGCAGAAUGCUUUGUUGUGCUAGCAGGACAAGAAAAGGAGACAACGGGAUCGUUUGAAAAUGAACCUGCCGCAGGCUAGUGUUGCUAAGUUACAGCACAGACCUCAAUUACAUAUGUUUUAGUACAAGUUAAAUUCAUUCCUUUCCUAAUGUUAAGAGAAAAUGGUUUCUCAAUGGAUGAACAGUUUUUACUGUUUCUGUAUAUCCAGUUCAGCAUAGAGUGAGCUUGUGCACUUAGGGAGUGAUGAAACCAUCAUUACACACCAGACAAAUUAUGUGUAUUACCUCAUUUUCAUAGAAAUUUAAACAAGUACAAUUAAUAAUAUGAUCUACUCAUCACAUGAAUUUUCUAUAUUUCUUUUAAAGCUAUGAGGGUCUGUUUGGGGCCUUUUGUGCGUUUAGUCUUAUUGUUGUUUUCACCUUCAUGCUCAGUUUUGCGUUUUUCACAAAUUUGUGAUGAUUGAUACAAUGUGGCAAUACCGCUCCAUCUUUAAUGCUCAGGUCAGAUUUGUUUUACACAAACCUCGUGUUAGAGCAGACCUAUCCUUUUACCCUCAAGUUUAUGUUUUGAAGAUUUAUAUUAUGGAGCUUUGGAGAAAAAAAAAUCAGAUUCAUUAUUAAUUAUUUUAAGUGACGUUUCUUGUUGCAGUGAAGCACUCAGUACUGUACAUGCGAAUGAAAGUUGUUUCAAAGACUGUUUUCAUGAGGAUGGUGUUAAAGCAGCCAAUCUGUGAGCAAAAUACCUGUGACAUCAACUCAGGAGGUAUUUGUAUAUUUCAUCUAAUAUGCAGGAAUUUAAUUUUGGACAUGUGGUCACAUUUAAAGUUAAUAUUAAAAAUGAUGCUCAUUACAGCCCAUAUGCAUAUAUUAUCAUUGUUUUUAAACACUUGAGUUAUUUUGAUGGCAAAUUGCAUCGGUUUACUUGCACUCACUGAUCAUAGAAGCAACUGGAUUAUCCUUAUACGAUUAAAAAAAAAAAAAAACACUAGUUUCAUAAGGACAUCAUUCUUUUAAGAAAAUUUCAUUGGACAGCUCAUUUCCUGUGUGGGAAAAAAUUUAAUUUGUAUCAAUAUUUUUGAAUUGGAUUUCUUGCACUAGUGUGCAAGAAAUCCAAUUCAAAAAUAUUGAUACGUCUUUAGUAUGAAUCCGUUACAAAUUGCCAGUGGGUUGUUAGAACUGUUAAGAUACAGUCUCAUUAGGCCUAAAGAUUUGUUAUGAUAGAAGAAAUGUCGUCCAAAUCCACUUUCCUACCUCUGAGGAAGUCAUUUGAUUACUGUUUAAUUUGUUUUUGGAGAACAAUCUUGUUUUCUGAGUCCCUCAGCUUUCACCUGUUGUUCUUUUUGUGUGUAUGUGUUUAAAAAAUGUGACUGUAUGACGACUCUCGUAGUGAUGUUUUCAGUGUAAAUUCUGCGCUGUUUAAAAUAAGAAAUCCUUCCUGUGACAUUCGUCUUGCUAAAACUCUGCAGUCGUGUUUAUGUACACUCAAGCGUGAAAGCCUUAAACAGCCUUGGUAACUUCCUGUUGAUAAUGAUGGAUGUUUGCUUGUGUUUCUCUCUCUGAUGCAGUGAGGUGUAUAUUUCAGUAAAUGUUGCCCUUAACGUCCGCUAUAUUACUGAAACAAUGUGAAGACUCUGGUACUUCUGUUGGGUUUUUCCCCCCUUUUUUGUGCUGUAUUAAGGAGAAAUAAAACCUCGUGAUUUUAAGGGAAGACUUUGUGCUGAGACAUGUCACCUUUUGCUUUGUUUUUAAGAGAGGCACAAGAGCAGUAAACCAGCAAAUGUCUUGUUUGGCUCACUUUUUUCAUGAAUAAACUACAGAAUGUGCUAAAAAAAAAAUGCAUUUAACUACUUUUUGUAUAAAGUUGGGUUUUUUUAAUUAAUAACUAAUUAUUUUCCACAUUAUGGUAAUUUAAUUUAUACAGUUUCCCAGAGCAUCAGUUGAUCUCUUUCUGUGCCUGUACAACAUUUGAGAUUGGGUAUGUCUGUUUAGCUGUGAAACUAAUCAUGUCAAAAUACUAUUUUUGAUGUCAUGCAUGAUAUUUAAAGUGGAUAUGAAUACACGAAGUUGUUUCCUCGGUGAAUUAAAGUGCAGUUGUCUGCUUGUUUCACCAGCAGCAUUCCUAUAAGGUGAGCCUGUGUUACCCAUCACUUUAGGGCUGUGGAUAUUUUUUCCUGUACUCAUGGUUCAGUGUAAAAUAAAACCGUAUCGUGAGUGA